AUGGGUUCAACUUCCGUCUCCUGGGAGGUUACCUCGCUCGAAGUUCAGACCACCACGCCCAGCGCUACAAGUGAUGGGCUUUACGCCAAUGGCAACAUGCAAGUUCCUGUGGUUGUUGUUAUCAAGACUAUUGAUCCAGAUACAAACACUUCCUAUCAAUUGAGUGAAUCGGACCUCGAGACAAUCAAACUCAUCGACUAUGACGACCCUCCCACGGAACUUUCGGGAUCGUGGAGCUAUUCUACCACAGAAAACGAAGUCGCCGCGAGCAUCAAACAGCCCAAUGGGACUGUUGUCCAUACCGCGGGUGACCCCUAUGAUUCCAAAGCUACACUUACGGGCACAAACGUAGUGACGUACAAAUUGGAUGAUAUCAAUCUUCGAAAAGGCGAUACUACAUCCGGCACUGGCGAAACCGUGGCUUCGCAGAAAUGGUCUCGUACAAACUAUUAUCUUACCACCAAUAAAUACCCACUCCGAAAAGCAGAUGUCAAUGGCUAUACUUUGCGCACGGAUCAGGGCGUGGAAAAUUAUUACCUGGAAAACGCCAUGGCUUGCUUCCCCUCCGGCAGCAAUGAACUCGAUAUCUUCUACUAUUGGCCGAUGGGCCCAGAAGAAACGCGAAGGUUGGGGGGCGCUUCUGGGGCUCCUAUUGAGAUCACCGUGAAUGAGGAAAGCAACGCCCUAUGCUUUACCCAUAUGCAUCUUCAGAAUUAUGACUUUGGGUGGAUUCCCAAUUUCCUAUUCGAUUACCGAUUUACUUUCUAUGACCAAUUCGGAAACCCUGGCACUUUUUGGGUGGGCUAUAAUGAUAGCCACACUACUCUGGAAAUCUUGGACCACAAGUAUACCGCCGACAAUUAUGGACAUGAUGCAUGA